ACCAUGCAUGGACGCUGUCACAGGUUUUUAUUCUCUGAAGUGGGUACACCAGAGCCACCAGGUGUGAGCUGUGUCGACUACCAUUACUUAUUCCUUUGCUCUCAGUUAAGUCUGGGACGAUGGCUCUGUGGAUCCCCAGAGGCCUUUGGACAGCAGCUGUGAUGGUGACGCUGGUGGUGCUGAGCGCCCCAGUGACUGAGGGCAGAGAUUCUCCACAGGAUAUCGUGCUCCAGUUUAAGUGCCGGUGCUACUUCACCAACGGGACGCAGCGGGUGCGGUAUGUGACCAGAUUCGUCUACAACCGGGAGGAGUUCGCGCGCUACGACAGCGACGUGGGGGAGUACCGCGCGGUGACCGAGCGGGGGCGGCCGGACGCCGAGUACUGGAACAGCCAGAAGGACGUCCUGGAGCAGACGCGGGCGGAGCUGGACACCGUGUGCAGACACAACUACGAGUUGGAGACCUUCCCGAUCCUGAAGCGGCGAGUGGAACCUACAGUGACCAUCUCUCCAUCCAAGACAGAGGUGCUAAACCACCACAACCUGCUGGUCUGCUCGGUGACAGAUUUCUAUCCAGGCCACAUCAAAGUCCGGUGGUUCCGGAACGACCAGGAGGAGACAGCCGGCAUCGUGUCCACCCCCCUUAUUAGGAAUGGGGACUGGACGUUCCAGAUCCUGGUGAUGCUGGAAACGACUCUGCAGCGAGGAGAUGUCUACACCUGCCACGUGGAGCACGUCAGCCGGCAGAGCCCCAUCACAGUGGAGUGGCGGGCACAGUCUGAAUCUGCCCAGAGCAAGAUGCUGAGCGGUCUCGGGGGCUUCGUGCUGGGGCUGCUCUUCCUCGGGCUGGGCCUUAUCAUCCGUCACCGGAGACAGAAGGGUCUUCGUGGGCCCCUGCCAGGGCUCCUGCGCUGACUCCUGAGGACACUUUGACUGGCCUUGGUCUCCUGUCUUCUGAAAUGCCUGCCUGUCCUUGCCCAGAAUCCCCAGCUGCCUGUCAGCCUGUCCCUCUGACAUCAGAGUCCUACAGUGACGCUGAUGGAGUCAGGUCACCUCCUGUGAGCCCACCCCAAGGAUCUGACUGCCAUGCUGCUUCCUGCACUGACCCCGGGAGGCUCGCCUAUGCUCAGGCCCCAAGGCGUUUUUCUGUUUCUUUUCUCCCCCCACGGACUGUUCAAGAGAAGCACAUCAAAACCGUUUACCUGUCUAUACAGCUUUUAUCAUAAUUAAACAUAUUAUGAGUU